CACAAAAAAACAGGUGGAGGUCGUCUGAACCAUAUAUGCACACGUUUUGACUCGAUGGCUUCGGCAGUUCACCACCGGCGCUGGGGUCGUUUAUAUUACAAAAACUUGCCACACAUAGUUCCCUCCGGUUUAUAUAGGAUUAAAUCUAUUACUCUGUUCCCUCCUUUUUCCGUUAUUUCGGGAUUCACUCUUGGCAACAGCGUAAAGGAAAAGAGCGGUAAUUCGUAUUUUGUGGUUAUGUUUAGUUCUGGAUUUUGUAUCACGUUGUGGGUUAAUCUGUUUCGUUUUUGAAUUUAGAAUUUAUAAUGAGUGCUAGGAGUUUAUUAAUGUUGAAGAUGGCUAAACAGAAAGAUAAAAUUAUGUUAGAACAAGAUCGGGAACAUAAACAGAUAAAUCAAACCGACUUGGAAUGCAUCAACAAAAAUGGAAAAUCUUUAAUAGAAUUAGAUGGACAGCAUAAUUCUAUAGCCACAAGUAACCAGAAGAAAAAAGCAUGUUGCCCGGAUUUAGAUUGCUGCAGUAACUGUAGUUUUCUCUCUGAUUCAGCGUCUUCGGAAACCAUCGCCUUCGCACCAGAGUCCCACCCUGAACCCGAUUUUGAUAUAGAUUCGGAUGGAGGAAUAUGGUACCCUCUUUCUAAUUUAGAACAAACUGUAAGGUCAAAUGGAACAUCAAAAACUAACGAUAAAAUAGAUCAAACCAAGAAUUUGGGAAUUUAUGGCCAAAUCUCUGAAAUAUCUAAUGAAAUAGAAAUACAACCAAUUAUUUGUUGUGCUACUGACAGCUUUUAUGUCACUGAAUCUAACAGAUAUAAAGAAAAAUGUCCUUUACCAGAGCAAUUAGAUAAUUGUGGUGGAAAAUACACCCACUCGAAGGCUUCAUUGAAUGAUAACGAAGACUUAAAGCAAAAUAGACCAAAAAGGCAUUUUGCUUCAAUAAAAUCAGAUGAUAACGAUGAAUUUGGUAAUCUCAACAACGUUCUGAACUUAGAAACAUCAGAUAUUAACUGCGUUGAUGAUGGCGGGAAUGAAAAUUUCAGCAGUGAUUACAGUAGGGAUAAGGAUUUUAACACUAAUAAUUGGUCCGAAAGUGAAAACAGUCAAUGUACUAGAAACAGCAAAGACAGCAAUGAUGAAGAUUUUGACAUUGAUGAUAUUGUGCAAUCAAUCGAUACUGAUAGUUAUGAAAGCUCUGAGGAAAAUGAGCUACAAGAAGAAGUAAGACAAUUAAAUAACAUAGAUAUUACACAAAAAAACUUAGUUACAACAGUUGCUGAGAAAUUAAAAGAACAGAAAAGUGAAAACUAUAGAAACAAAAAGGUCAGUUGCAAAUUUUGUGACGAAGAUGUUACCUCAAGAAAUUUUGUGAGGCAUUUGAUAAGACAUCAUAAGCACGAAACAGAUGUAAAAAAAGCAUUGGAGUUUCCAGCAAAAUGCAAAGAAAGAAAGCAGGCACUAAGUGUGUUAAGAAAUGAACAGAAUUUUGAGCUUUACCUGAAAGGAAUCAUUCGUCCGAAGAAACAACUUUCUGAAGGCACAAAUAUUACUUAUUAUCCUUGUGUCUACUGUAAAGCUGUAUAUGCGAGAAGUUUCUUAAUUCGUCAUGCUAAAACCUGUUCCGCAAAAAUUAGAUCAGCUGAGAACACAAAAUUCAAAGUUAAUCAUGUAGCUCUUUCACAAACAACGGUUGCAUGUGCUCUAGAUCCGACUGAUGUAAUUUCCAAGCUGAACUUGAAAGAACAGGUUUUUAAUAUGAUGAGGGGCGAUGAGAUUUCAUUUGUUGCGUAAAAAGACCUACUGAUAGCACAUUAUGGAGAAUCUUAUUUGAAAUCUCAAAAACGGGAACGGAAGGAGUAUAGAUGUAGUAAUAAGAUAAGAGAACUUGCUCGAUUAUUGAUUAUAUAUAGAGCUCGUGUAAAUGACAAUAAUGUCGCAUUCAAAGAUCUUCUCGAUCCAGAAAACUUUGAUCAAGUUCUUUCUGCUACGAGAGAACUUACAGGCUUUGAUCCGAUCAGAAAAAGUUAUGAAGCUCCCAGCCUUGCAAUGCAUCUAGGUACUGCUCUAAAGAUUAUAUCUGAUGAAUUAAUUCAUUUAAUUUUGAAAGGCAGUAAGGGAUUUCAAUGCAAAUCAGUAAAUGACUCAAUAGAAUGGCGUCGGAAAGUCAAAUAUUUUAAAAAAUUAGUUGAAGACAGAUGGAACACUGAAAUUUCUUCAGUGGCCAAUAAAGACCUGAAUGAAAAACGUUGGCAAAAACCACUUUUAAUACCACUGAUUAAAGACGUAAAAGUCUUUAGGGAAGAAACACUGAAAUAUGCGAAAGACUGUGAGAAAAAGUUUCUUGAUAAAAUAGACUCCAAUGAGACAUACAAGUUAUUGGCUCAAUGUGAUCUGGCUCUGUUAAUCCUUUUCAGUAGACGCAGAAUUGGUGAUGUUCAGUAUCUUAAAGUGAAUGACUAUUGUUCCGAAAGAAAAACAGAUUUUCAAGACUUCGAGAAUGCAUUAUCGGAACAUGAAAAAAUCUUAACAAAACACUACAGAAGAGUCGUAAAUGGUGGAAAAGGAUCACGUGCCGUUGUCAUAUUAGUUCCUCCAUUGCUACACCACUUUAUCACAAUACUGAUUGAAAAUAGAGAUAAAUAUAUUCCUCCGGAUAACCAAUAUAUUUUCGCAUUACCUAAUAGUAAACUCAAGUGGGCUCAAGGGGAUGUUGCAUUCAGAAAUCUAACGAAUAAAAUGAAAUUAGAAAAUGGGACAGCUAUAACUAGCAAUAGGUUGCGCAAACAUAUAGCAACAGCAAUGCAAGUUCUUAGCAUGUCACAAAACGAUCGUAAGCAGUUUUCCAAAUUCAUGGGUCAUACCGAAAAGACCCAUGAGGAGUUUUAUGAAUUACCAAUUGAUAUAUAUAUCAGACAGCCAGAGUAGUGAAACUGCUUUCUAUGAUUGAAAAAGGAAAUCCAUCGGAGUUCGAAGGCAAAUCUUUGUCAGAAAUUCAAGUUAAUAUUGAUGAAUAUGUAGACGAUAAUGAUAAAGAUAAACAAAGCCCUAUUGAUACAAACCAAGAUGAAACUUCUUCGAUGGAGUGUGAUGGGUCAAAAAAAAAUAAUUUUACUGGAAAUGAUGAAAGCAACAAGAAAAGGAAACCGGACACUAAUAAAAAAAGAGGUUGGACCACUGAAGAAAUAAAAUCACUGAAGGAACAUUUCAAAAGCUUCAUAUCAAAAGGCACUUACCCAUGUAGUUCCGAGAUAAAAGAAUUUGGAAAAUCAACGAAUAAUACAAGGAGUGUUGCAGUCAUAAAAUCCAAGAUUCAGCACUUCAUAAGACUAAAUUUGAAGUAAAUUUAUUAUUUUGUACUGAAUUCCCC